AUGGUAGUGGAAGGAAAUAUCAGAUUGCUAAUGUUUGCUGUGGAAGAUGUGACUGUUGGAGUGUGCCUUGCCAAGGCAGAAUGUUCUGCCAAUGCAUUUACUGUGCAGGUGAUGCACCGAGCUGAUGGUCAGUUGAUCCAUGAUAUCCAUAGAAUGCCUCAAGAUGCUACAGAUAUAAAAAUUCAUGGACCUUUCUUCAACCUUACCAUGAAUAUUGGAAGCAUGUUAGCUCUUCCUGCUCUCAGCAACUUUGUUAAGAAGAUAAUAAGACUUGGUCUUCUUGCUGCCUGGGUAAUAAAUCCAGCUAUGACAACACAAGAUGCAAGCAGCCAGUCUCAGGCAAACUCUUUGACUAAUGUGAAGAAUGGACUUAAUGAGUCAUUUCCUGGUGCAUCUGGUACUUAUGUGGAAAGAACUAUCAGUUUGGACAAGGUAGUUGAAGUUGAGCUUACUUGCAUAUUGAACAAGAAAUAUUCUUAUUCGAAAAGUUUUCAAGUGACUUGGAAAAGGGGAAAUGAAACAAUCAGUCAUACCAGUAAAACUGAUAACAGCUGGAGCAUCAGAGUUAGUGUCUCGGAUAGCAGUAAGUUGGGAAAUUACAGCUGUACCCUGAAAGGUGAAAAACAGCUCAGUGGUAUUUUUCACUUACAAGUACCGAAAAUUGAACGAAAAGAAAAACCCACAAUCAGUUACCUUAGAUAUCCAGCUGUAAUGACUUGUGAAUGUCAUGGCUAUACAGCCAUUUCUUGGACCUGGUAUAUGACCAAUGGAAGUAAACAGAUUGUCAUUAAUGAGUCUUUGCUGGCAGACAGGUAUGUAAUUAGUAAAAAGUCUGCCAGUAUAACCGAGCUGAAGAUACUGAAGCUCACCAAGGAGGAUGGUGGUGAAUAUUCGUGUGAAGCUACUUUUGAAUUAGGAAAAAGUGAAGGAAGACUGAAGCUUAAAGUUCUGUCCUUCAUGGCACCUCUCAAACCCUUCAUAGCAAUUGUGAUUGAAGUUGUUACUUUAGUAGCUCUCAUUGUCUGUUAUGAGAUAUAUUCAACAAAAGUGAAACGUACAGAAGCUGAAACAGAAUUUGACCAAAUUGAGCAUCUUAAUUCAGAAGAUGGUGGUCUGGAAAGCAGUGAAGCUAGGCAGAGAAGAAUUUGA